UCACAGGUGACACAAUCAUCUACUUCCUCCAACUCAAACUCACCAUUCCGGACUCUCCACCAUGGACCCCACUCACCACCUUCCUCUCCAAAUCCUCAGGUCCGACCCGACCCCUUCCGCCCCUAACCGAUCCGACCCGCCCGGAUCCGCCAUCGACUGGCUCCCGGACUUCCUUGAACUCUCAUGGGUCUCCUACGGCGCCUCCUCCCUCCUCGUGAUCUCGCACUUCCCUUCCCCGCUCUCCGAAAACGAAACCGUGAUCGGUCCCAUUUUCCGGCAGGUUUUCGAGCUCUCCGGCGACCCCUCCUCGGCCGUCAGAGCCGUGGCUUGGUCGCCGGUAAUGCCGUCCCUCGGUGAGGUUGCGGCCGCGGCUGAGAAUUGCGUUUGGGUGUUCUCGCAUGAUUCGGCGAGCUCCAAAGGUUCUUUUUGUUGGAGCCAGAAUGCAGUGCUUGUAAACUCUGCAAAGGUGGAGGCAAUUGGAUGGACGGGCUCAGGGGAUGGAAUAAUUGCCAGUGGCGUUGAGGUUGUUUUAUGGAAAAGAAGUGGUAGGUCAUGGGAAAUUGCUUGGAAGUUUAAACCAGACCAACCCCAGAGUUUGGUCUCUGCAACUUGGUCUGUUGAAGGACCUUUUGCAACUGCUGCUUAUCAGAGUAAAUGGCUGAUUGAAGGAUUGUUGACUAAGGAGGCUAGCAAAUGUGUGCUAGUAAGCCAGCGAGAUGGCAAAUCUGAGUUUGUUAAAUCUGAGCUACAACAUCCUCUUCCUGUCUCAAUGAUUCAAUGGAGGCCAUUAACAGGAAAACCUUUGAGCAGAGAUGCAAAACAUCCAUCAAGGCAUGUGCUACUCACUAGUUGCUUAGAUGGAACUGUCAGGUUAUGGUGCGAGGUUGAUGACGGACGGGCAAGAAAAGUUGCUAAGGACAUUAAUGAUCACAAAACCACGAGGUGGUCAUUUUCUGUAGCCGCUGUAAUUGAGAUAAACCAGGCACUGAAUGGGAUUCUGGGAAUUGAUAUUUAUGUGUCGUGGGCCAUAGAAACUGGGGGUCUAAACAAAGCUAGUGCGGGGGCUAAAAAAUUAUUCUCUGCAAACGGUUAUGAACAUGACCAGCUCGGUAAUUGUGAGUGGUUAAUUGGGUUCGGUCCUGGAAUGCUAGUGAAGUUUUGGGCUUUACACUGUCUUGAUGAUGUCUCCCCAGUAAGAUUUCCCCGGGUUACAUUAUGGAAGACACAAGAACUACAAGUCCUGGAAGGGGGACAUGUUCAUAGGACUGGACUUUCAAAUUAUAAUGAUAGACUACCACUUAAUAAAGUUGUGAUCUUGAGGAACUGCAUGUCUGGUCCACCAGUGGUCUGCUCUUUGAUUCAGUUGUUACCUUGCAAUUCUUUGGUUUGGUCACUGUUGUAUACUCAAUCUUCAAAUAAUGUAGAGGAUCUUACCCUCAAUAAACCUGGUAUGGAGAACACUUUAUCAUGUUCAGCUGAUGGGAUCUUGAAUUUGGAUGGUCAUGCUGGAAGAAUCUUACAAGUAGCAGUACAUCCUUAUAGUUGUGAGGUUGAACUUGCUGUCUCCUUAGAUUCUGAUGGAUUGCUUCUUUUUUGGUUUUUCUCUACCAUUUCCAACUAUAUUUUGGGCCGUCCAACACUAGUGCCAACAUGGGAUAUCUGUGGGAAGCUUGCAACUCAAAGUUCAUCUUCCAGGUAUACAAGCGUGAGGUGGGCACCAGCAAUACUAAAUGAAGUAGCUGUUCUUCUUAUGGGACAUGCUGGAGGAAUUGAUUGCUUUAUUGUAAAAAUUCAUCAGGAUGAGGAAGAAAUUAUAGAAUGUCACUACUUAUGCACUAUACCUUUUACAGGUCAUGGUCCUUAUGAGGAUGGGCCCAACAGUAUCUCUACAAUUCCUUUGCCUCCGACUUGUCAUAAAACUCUAAGAUGUAGUAAAUUUAUGCUUUUGGGUGUAUGGAUGAAUGGGUUUCAAGCUCUUUCAUGGGAAAUCACUUUACAUACUUUUGAUUUAUCCGGAAGCUACUGUGACUGUGAUUUUGAGACGGGAAAUGGUCCUGAAAGUAUGUGGGGAUUUGAAGGUACUUUCACCAAUGUAAGAUAUUGUCUAAAAGUAAACGCUUGCUCAUCGCAGAUACCUGAUCCAUACAUCCAUGAUGAGGUUACAAGUUUUGCUGUGGUCUGUCAGGGUAGUUUGAUGCGUAUAGAAAAAAAUUUGGGUCCUACUAUUGAUCAAUGCUCUAGUUGUCCUGCUUAUUUAAUGGCAACAGGCUGCUCUGAUGGUUCUUUGAAAUUGUGGAGGAGUAGAAUUGCUAAACUAUCAACUCCUAACAUUCCAUGGGAACUUGUGGGUAUGUUUGUGGCACAUAAAGGCCCUAUUAGCACUGUAUGCUUGUCUGAAUGUGGUAGGAAGAUUGCAACCAUCUGCAAGGAUUUUUCUUCAAAUACAGUUGGCACUCUUCAGAUAUGGGAUCCUAUACAUCUUGCAGGUGCAGGGUCAUUUGUGUUAGAAGAUACAAUAUCCUUUGAUCAAGAACUUGUUGCUUUGAAUUGGCUACCUUUGGGAAAUGGUCAGUUACUACUGGGAGUUUGCAUGCUGAAUCAGUUUCGAGUAUAUUCUCUUGAGCGUUGUGGUGGUCAGACUUUGUUAAACCCUGAAAAAUCAGUGAAAAAGAACAUCUGGGUCUGCAUUGCCUCUACUCAUACUUUCCCUCCCAUUUGUGACUUCUUUUGGGGACCCAGAGCAACAGCUGUCUUUGUUCAUAAGAGUUACUUUUGUGUAAAUAGUCAGUGGUUGUUCCUUGUAGAUAAGAAACAUCUUGCUAAUGGUCAGUCAAAUGACAUAGCAGAAAAUUGCAUGGAUUCUGCAGGUGGAAUGAAAGAAGACACUAGUUCAAUUUUCUUUGAUUGUGAACUUCAACAAUUUGAUAAAACAUUACUUGACGAGAGUAGAAGAGAUUGCAAGUCUGGUACACCAUUCAAGACUGAUUUGAAAAAGGACUAUCUAUUGAGCAGCUUGUUUGUAGCAAGGUCUCAAUUGGAUUGUGCUUGGGGUACCAAGCGAGGUUUAUGGACAAUGCUUGAAGUGGUGGAGAAUUUAAGUGGAUCUCUGCCAGUUUACCACCCAGAGGCCCUCUUUAUGAAUAUCUAUUCAGGAAAUUGGAAGCGCGCGUAUAUUGCAUUGAGGCAUCUUAAUGAUUUUCUCUCUUCUGAGUCUUCUUCUGGGAGCAAGCAUUACCCUUCAAAGUCGAGCAUUUUCGUUCCACAGAUUUUGUUGUCAACUUUUCUUGAUGGGAUUAUCUCAAUAGAUUCAAACGAUAAAGUAUUUCAAUGGAGUGGUGAUGCAGUCACUUCAUCUUCUCAGUUGCAGAGAGACUCUGGCCAGUUUACAUACGACUCGUAUGCUUCCAAUAAUUUGUUCAGUUCAUCUUCAACAAAAUAUGGACUUGUUGACUUUGUUGAGCAUCUGGAGAAGUUGUAUGAAUUAGCAGCUAUAACCAACAUUGAGAGGAUGCAGAUUCUUGCUAUUUUUGAUCUUCUCAAUGAAAUGACUAAUUCGAACUCUGGUUCUGCAUAUGAAAGUCUCGAUGAACCUGGACGGAGGUUCUGGAUUGCAUUGAGGUUUCAGCAACUACAUUUUUUCCGGAAGUUUGGUAGAUCAGUAUCCGUGGAGGAAUUGGUUGUUGACUCUAAGUUGAUUGGAUGGGCCUACCACUCUGAUUGCCAGGAAAAUUUGUUUGGAUCUUUCCUACCCAAUGAACCGUCUUGGCAAGAAAUGCGGAAUUUGGGUGUAGGAUUUUGGUUUACAAAUACAGCACAAUUGCGUUCAAGGAUGGAGAAACUAGCAAGAUUGCAAUAUCUGAAGAGGAGGGAUCCUAAGGAUUGUGCAUUGCUAUAUAUUGCACUGAAUAGAAUUCAAGUUCUGACCGGACUUUUCAAAAUUAGCAAGGAUGAGAAGGACAAGCCCUUAGUCGCAUUUCUUUCACGCAAUUUUCAGGAAGAGAAAAAUAAGUCAGCUGCCUUGAAGAACGCAUAUGUCUUGAUGGGUAGGCAUCAACUGGAGUUGGCUGUUGCUUUCUUUCUGCUUGGAGGUGAUACUUCUUCUGCUGUCAGUAUUUGUGCAAAGAACCUUGGGGAUGAACAGCUUGCAGUUGUAAUUUGUCGGCUUACUGAAGGGCAUGGUGGACCAUUAGAGAGACACCUAAUUUCAAAGUCUCUACUACCAUUUGCAAUUGAGAGGGGUGACUCCUGGUUAGCAAGCCUUCUGGAGUGGGAGCUAGGGAACUACUGUCAAUCUUUUAUAAGCAUGCUUGGACUCCAGAUAAAUUCUGCAACUGAGAUGCAUGCAACUUUGUCCAGUGGUGUUGCUUUUUCAGACCCAAAUGUUGGUCUCUAUUGUCUAUUGCUAGCAACCAAGAACAGCAUGAGGAAUGCUGUAGGGGAGCGGAAUACUGCAAUCCUGAGUAGGUGGGCAGUAUUCAUGACAGCCACUGCCUUAAAGAGAUGUGGACUUCCACUUGAAGCUUUGGAGUACCUUUCAUCUCCCACAACCAUUCUUGGAGACACAGAUCUAGGGACUCUAUCAGAUAUCGGGGAUUUUGAGAAGCUAAAUGGAAUUCUGAAUCCUUCUCCAAAGAAUUCUUCAAAUUGGUUAUCAAGUAAUGUGGCAUUCCGUGUGGAGUCCCUUGCCAGAUUAGAUUUGGCACUUCAAUACUUAUCAACAUUGGUAAGAGAGCAUCCAAGUUGGGCAGAUACUGUUGUCGCACCUUCCAGAGCUAUUUCACAUAUAAAUGAGUGCGAGAAUCAUGAACAUGUAAAAGUUCUUGGGAGUUUCCACCAGAAAUUAUACACAGCACUUCAUCAUUUGGAGCAGAAGUUUUCAGUGGUUCCUUUUCAUCUCAUCAGCAUGGUCUUGCUCUCACUGUACAAUCGUGGGCUGUGGUUUGUUGGGUACGAAAUAUUACAUGCAUAUACUUCUCAAGAUCAAGAUCUCAAUAAAAGCCAAAUAGUUAGAUCCCUAUUGUAUCCUCUUAUGCAUAAGCAACUUUUGAAGGCUACCAGAGAAACUUCUCUUUUAUUUUCACGCGUUAUUGCUGCCUGCAGUAUAACUUGCUCUAAACUGAAGUCAGAUUGUUUAGAAAACAAUGUGUCUGGUGAAGGUGGAUCUUCAAGCUCAAACGCUUGGGAGUAUUACUUUCAAGGUCUUAUCCUGUCACUUCGGAGUUUAAGGAGUGCUUUGCAAAUUAUUUCUGUCUCAUCUACUGAAGACCUCAUCAUGAAACCCCUUAUCAUCAUUGAUUGGAUUGAGUAUUAUGUACAGUUUGCUUGUGCAUGGCUUCAAAAAAACUCAAAAGUUCUCUUCCUAUUAAUGCAACCACUUCUGAUCACAUUUACCAAUGGGCAUACACCUUAUGAAGUUGAUUUGAUGGAUCUGAAGAAAAUCCUCCCCCAGAUUGCAGAAUCGCUGACCCAAAAUUCUUUGAUUGAUAAUGUAUGCACAGGCCUUCAGGGUUCUCAAGGUACAGAUGUAGCACAUUUAAUUCCAGAAGAUGAAAGAUGGCAGAUCACUGGGGCUUGUUUAUGGCAACACAUAUCCAGACUAAUGAAACAGAAGCUAGGUAUGUUAUCUUAUAAACUUGAUGAAGGCUGUAUUUCUGGCGUUCCCGAUGGAAAACAUUUCUCAUCGGUGCCUUGCUCUGAAAAUUUUGGUCCUGAUGACAACAGAACUGAAGAAGUGCUUGGGUUGGUUUCAUUGUCCUUGGUUAAAUUAUUAAAGACCACACUUGCACAUGUUUCUUCUUAUCAUGUGAUGCGUCUAGCAUCACAUCUGCAGCAUAAGAUGGAUAAUGGGUUGCAUGUAAUGACUCUUGUUUGGUUAGAAGAAUAUAACCAGUCUCAGACCAGAGGCCUCAAUCAGCAUUUGAAUCAGGACAUGCUCAAAUUGGAGACAAUAGGUGAAAAACAUGGAUCUGACAUAUUAUGGGAUAUUUGUGCAGAUCCUAAAAUAAUAUCUGAGAGUUUCACCCAGGAAAAAAUAAACUGGUCUCACUCCCUUGAUCAUAAACCGUCUAAAGGAUGGAAUAACAUAUAUAGAGGCGUCACAACUGUAGAUGAGACUGAGGAAACUCAUAACCAUGAACUUACACCUAAGAGUACUUCUGCCAAUAGUGAAGCUGGAUUACCUUCUAGAAGUCUAUUUCGCAGUGGCCACUCUUUCCUUAGCGGAUGGCAGAAAGAUACAACCGCUACAAAGGAGGUCUCACCUUUCCUGAACCCAAAAGAAAUAUAUAAGAGAAAUGGGGAGCUUUUGGAGGCAUUGUGUCUCAACUCUGUUAAUCAGAAACAAGCUGCUCUUGCAAGCAACCAAAAGGGCAUCAUAUUUUUUAAUUGGAAAGAUGAUAUGCCUGAUAGAGAUCAUUCAGACUAUAUCUGGUCAGAGGCUGAUUGGCCACUGAACGGGUGGGCUGGUUCUGAAUCAACGCCAGCUCCAACAUAUGUAUCUCCUGGUGUUGGUCUUGGAAUCAAAAAAGGAACACACGUUGGACUGGGUGGAGCAACUGUUGGUGUAGGAUCUUUGGCAAGGUCAGCAAGAGACUUGAGAGGUGGAGGAGCAUUUGGGAAUCAAGGUUAUCCUGGAAUGCAUGUGUCUGGUUUAGGUUGGGAGACUCGAGAGGACUUUGAGGAAGUUGUUGAUCCACCACCUACUGUUGAGAAUGCAAACACAAGGGUUUUUUCCAGUCACCCAUCAAGACCUUUCUUCUUGGUUGGUUCUAGCAAUACACACAUUUACUUAUGGGAGUUUGGCAAAGACAAAGCUACUGCAACUUAUGGAGUUCUGCCUGCUGCAAAUGUCCCUCCACCUUAUGCUCUGGCAUCGAUAUCUGCUUUGCAGUUUGAUCACUGUGGACACAGAUUUGCUACCGCUGCCUUAGAUGGAACUGUAUGCACAUGGCAGCUGGAGGUGGGAGGAAGGAGUAAUAUUCGUCCUACAGAAUCAUCUCUAUGCUUUAACAGUCAUGCAUCGGAUGUUGCUUAUGUUACAUCAAGUGGAUCAAUCAUUGCUGUGGCUGGAUAUAGCUCCAGUAGUGUUAAUGUAGUCAUAUGGGAUACAUUGGCUCCACCUACUACCUCACGAGCUUCCAUUAUUUGUCAUGAAGGUGGGGCGCGCUCUCUUUCUGUUUUCGAUAAUGACAUAGGAAGUGGAUCUAUCUCACCCCUUAUUGUGACUGGUGGUAAAGGUGGUGAUGUUGGACUUCACGACUUCCGGUAUAUUGCUACUGGAAGGAGUAAAAGGCACAGACAGACUGAUAAAGGUGAACAAGCUGUGAAGACAUCAUCAAAUAUUGAUCAUCAUCCUGCGGAUGGUAACAGAUUUGGGGAACAAAAUCAGAAUGGGAUGCUGUGGUAUAUACCAAAAGCUCACUCAGGGAGCGUCACCAAGAUAUCCACAAUUCCAAAUACCAGUUUGUUCUUAACGGGAAGCAAAGAUGGAGAUGUUAAGCUUUGGGAUGCCAAGAGAGCUAAGUUGGUAUAUCACUGGCCAAAAUUGCAUGAAAGGCACACAUUUUUGCAACCAAGCUCUCGAGGUUUUGGUGGAGUAGUUCAGGCUGCUGUCACCGACAUAAAAGUUGUUUCACAAGGUUUUCUUACAUGUGGUGGAGAUGGAACUGUAAAGCUGGUUCACCUCAAAGACCACCAAUAUUAGAAAUGAUGAAGUUGAUCACAAGUUGCAUUCAAGCAUGGUACAACUGCAGAAAUCAUUGCAUUUUGUUAACUGCACAACAAGUUCAGUUUGAACAAAGUGAGAGAUGCAUCCCAUAUUGGUCAACUAUGUCUGGUCUCCGGCAUAUGUAUUAUAUUAUAAUCGCGGUGGACAUUUCAGAUUCCUACUGCUUGUAUCCAGAAGAUUGAAGAAAGUGAGACAUUUUGUUAAACAGCACAAGUUCAGGUUGAAGUGAGAGAUACAUCCCGCAUUGAUCCACUCUUUUCGGUCUCCAGCAUCUGUAUUAUAACCCCAGUUACCCAGUGGACAUGUCAGAAUCCUACUGCUUGUAUCCAAAAAGAUUCGAGCUUGGAGGCCCCAAACCUUGUUACCUAUUUUGGAUAGCAAAAAAGAUGUCACUGGCUUAAAAGGUUUUUGCCAGUACGAUACAAUAGGAAAAAUUGUGAUUGCAUUCUUCAGAUUGUUACUGUGAUCUAGGAGAGAGAAAUCUUAUCAAUCAACUUUGUUGGGAGGCAAGUAUGAUUGACCGUCGGCGAUUAAAUCCUCUACUGCCCUCCUAGUUCCUUUGAUGAGCUAAAGCACCAGGAAGAGUAUCCAACUUUCCUGUAUAGUUUUCUUGUUCGCUUAUUUAGACAAUGUAUAUAAUUCCAAGAGAGGGAAAAUCACAAAUUUUUACUUGUAAAAUGUUGGAUUCUCUGAAAGUACUUCAUAGCUUUUGUAUAUUAGGAUCUGUAUAGCGAAUUUCUUCAAAUAUAAUGAAUUUUGGAUUUCUUUUUCGA